AAACACAAUCUCUAUGGCCCCAAGGAAUCUCACACAUCCCCUUUCCCAUCCGAUACAUAUUGUACGCACACAGCUUAGCGGAACGCGCAUGCCCUCACACACUCACUUCGCCCGGCACGCGCCGCUUACUUGGGAAAAGUGGCAAAGCCCGUCUUCAUUACAUCAAGGGUUCGACGAACCUCGCCUCGACCACAGUCCACCUGCGUCCCUGAUUGCGGUUUCCGUUGAGACAUGACAUGACGCCAAUACCAGAAGCAAUCCCGGGUCAUGCUCUGGCUUGCUCUAGAAAUAAUAGUAUUAUUCUAUCCACUCGCCGUUUCCCGCUACUUUCCCGCUGCUCCCACUGCUGUGCUUGCACUCAUUCUCCUGCUGUUACCGCCUUCGAACGAUUCCCCAGCUCCGAGGCCUACGCACUACCGGUACCACACAGCAUAGCACAGCUUCUCCUCUCCCUUGCCCGGCCUCUCUGGUCUUGACGAGGCCAUAGCGGUGGUGUCUCUUUAUCAUCCCCACCACCGCCUGCGGGGUCAAUCAUCACACAGACUCAGACAAGUCCUAUACCACUUUUGAACCCCAUAAAACCACCCUCAGGAGAAUAUAUACCAUUCUGCCCCCUCGGCAUUAUCUUGGAAUCUCUUCCCCUGAACCCCCCAAAAAGGUUGCCUUAAUGUUGAACUUCGCAGCUCGACCACUCAUGCAUCCUCACACCACUCACCAUCCUCUGGAAGGGAUACAAUCCUACCAUCGCUCAACAUCUGUUUGUCCCGUUCCAUCACGACGGCCCAACUCUUACGAUUGGCAACGGCCCAUCUCGGAGGGGUCCUGCAAACUUUCGCAUCCUCCAUCACGGAUCCCUUCAGCAUCCUUUGUGAAGCCAGGUCUCCAAACCCCACCCCCAGAUAUGACCAACGAGGGCGUGGGACCAUUACUGCCCCCUAGUUAUGGACACCUUCAGCAAUUUGAGCCUCAGGUUGGUCGUGGGUUGCCUGGACCGUUGGAGAUAUUUAGGAUGCCGAGCGAGGAUGCAUAUAUGUCACACUUCCCUUCCAAGAGAACGGAGAGCCCACCACCGUCGAAACGAGGUUCAGCGGCCCAGCAACAGCAGCGGCCACGGGAGGAGCAACCGACCAGACGACGAAGAAGUUCUACUAGUAAUGCAGGUGCUUCGUUGAACGUUCCUUCCACUAUCAACGGAUCGAAGGCAAACCUAUCAGAGUUUGCAUCACAAGUAAGCAUUUGCAUCCUCUUUUUCCCCUCCGGAGGUGCAUUGCCCUGUCUAAUUAUACAAACCAGAUUACUUGUCUUUUGUGGUUUGAGUCGUCAGCUGUUCUCCGGGGGGUAGCAGAGUCAACAACUACACCAAUUCCACAGGUUCCUCUCGCAUCAGAUGCCAUCCCAAGCCUGGGAUUCCGUAAAUGGGUCACAACGAUCUUGUCAACCACCCAGGUGUCACAAAACGUCAUUCUACUAGCCUUGCUAUUUAUAUACAGACUGAAGAAACUCAAUCCUACGGUAAAGGGGAAGCCGGGUAGCGAAUUCAGACUUCUUACUGUUGCGUUGAUGCUGGGAAAUAAGUGUAUGCCCCCCCCCCCCAUUGGAAUGAUUUUUCGAACAGAACUGAUUUUUUUUUUCCUAUUAGUUUUGGAUGAUAACACUUAUACCAACAAGACAUGGGCGGAAGUUUCCGGAAUUGCGGUGCAGGAGAUUCAUGUGAUGGAGGUGGAAUUUUUAAGCAAUAUGAGGUAUAGCUUGUUUGUUGGAGACGUGGAGUGGAGGGCAUGGCAUAAAACUCUUGGCAAGUUUGCGUCAUAUUGGGACAAGGCUUCGAGGGCACCGGUCGAGGUAUCUUCUAAAGCGCCGGCACCUCUUACACCUACCCUACCGUCAAUUCCCGGCUCUUUGCCCUCACCGCCGGCGACUUCGUCCAAUGGACCGUGCAGAUUGGUUUCCACCAUGCCGACACCAAUGCCGGCAUCGCAUCAUCAGCUAUCGGUUCCUUCUCAGCUCAUGCCGGCACAUUCUCCGAUUACCCCUAUGCCCCAACCCGACUUCCAACCUUCCAGGAAAAGGUCCUUUGGCCCCGCAAUUGGCAUGCAACCGCCAACCAAAAGGGUUACUCGUUCAAUGGCUCCCAAAAUAUCUAUUACCGUGCCACAGUAUUCUGCACAGGUCCCCACUCAUGCUCCGAGAUUGCCCGCCAAUAACUACCCGCCGGUUACCAGCCAGCCCCAGCAGCAAUCGCAGUCGUUGCCAAUGAUGCCGUUGAAUCAAUUGCCUUUCCCCAACGCCGGUGGUCGUGCAAUGUCUACAGUGUAUUCUCAACCCACACCCCAGAUAUCGCCUGUUAGCGCAGCGCCCAUGGCCGUUUCUCCUUACAGCGCCCAUUCUCGUGCCGCUUCACCCUACUCUCAGCACCAGACUGUUCAUCACUCAGCUGUUUCCUCUCCAACCACCCCCGGUUUUGGAUCACAGCAAUCCCCAACGUGGGUACGAAACUCCCCAUACAGGCCUGUCCGCAGAGUUAACACCUUGUUGGUUCCCCCUGCGCCAAUGUCACCGGAGGGAAUGGAUGUGUCAUGGCAAAAAAUGCAUUACCAGCCAUUGGCCAAGACCAGAACCGUAUAUAAAACCGGCGUUGUUCCAUAUCUUCAAGCCGACUGGCCUCCCAUUUGGUCUAGUCCUACCCCCGACUUUCGUGUAUAAUUAUUUCGUUUUAUUUCCUUUCCUUUUUUAUUUAUUUCUUACUGGUAGUCUUAUGCACGUGGCGUGGAUGGGCGACUAUUGGUACUUGUGUAUCGCAUUUUAAAGUGGAUGGGGUGGCUUGUUUUUUUUGUUUUAUUGCGCUGUUUCUUUUACUCGUUGACAGCCCAGUACAUAUACCAGGUUUCCUUUUAUGAUUCGGAUGACAUUUCGGAGGAAUCAUUUUGAUAAGACGGUUUGGCCUGAGCAUAUGACAGAUGUCAUUACUAUCGCCAACCCUGACUAUCGAUUGGCUCCAGUUGUAUCAUUAUUCACUUUUUUACCCUUCAAGUCAUCGGUGAUUUUUAUAUAUAUAUAUUUUUCCUAACGGGUGUUUUUCGUUUCGGGCAUUGCAAGCAUGGGGAGUGGAGUUGAUUUAUUUUUUGUAUUUUAUUUUAUUUUAUUUUUUACAACAU